ACGUGCUCUUCAUUCGUGGGCUGGAAGCCGUCGGUAUCAGUGAUCGGUGUCAUUUGUUUGACCGCCAGUCUGUCAUCGUAUUGUUCAUGAACUACAGUUCAAGGUUCAGAAAAAGAGUUCGAAGCUGUCAGUCAGAUUGCAGGUGAGUGUGAGCUCAGCGCAAACGUGGGCGGGCGGUCCGCACUCGCUUCAGUUUGAGACAGGCAACGACGCCGAUCACACGAACCCCGCCGCACAAGCGCUAAACGAACGACCUAGAGAUGGCCACCGGCCCGAAGAUAGUACACAAGCAGUUCAACUCGCCCAUCGGGUUGUACUCGCAACAGAAUAUCAAGGAAACGCUCAACAAACACCUGAAAAACCUCGACAACGGAUCUGUCGGAAUCGACUUCAACAACCCGACAACGGAUAAGCCAGCGAACUUAGCUAAUUCCGCCGUCCUAAGAAUGUUAGAAGAGGAAGAGCGUAACCGCAAAGGAUACAAAUUGGAUGUAACACAAAUCCGGGCUAUUCUAGAUACGAUGGUUCACGCUAAUCAUCUAUUUGACUCGUAUUGGCCUCCUGAGAAAUCGAAAACGCAGAUUUCUAAAUGUUGGGACAGUGAUAUAGAAAAACACGCCAAAGCUUACUCAGAAUUUAUUAAGACUUCCAAAGGUCAGAAGAAAGUGGUGUGGCCUCCAGUACCCGAAACGAACGGAUAUCAUAAUCCACAACAGCAGAGUCCCGUGUACGACAACAACGCGCAACACUCCCCGUCUGCUCAGCCUCCCUAUCAAAAGCAACCUCAAUAUCAACCCGAGCCCCAAUAUCAAGCUCAGCCUCCGCACUUCCAACCCCAAUACCAACAGCCACAGUCCCAGCAGCCUCAGUAUCCCCAGUCUCAGCCAGGGUUCUGUGAGGGACGUCGUCAAGAGCAAACUGGCCUGAGUAAGCUGAUUCCCGUUGGGCCGGGAGUGACUGCGUCACCCUUGUCUCCCUCGCAGUACCGUGUGGGUCCGGCGUCCCCGGGCAUCGCACCGCAACCCUUCAGGCCACAGCCAAAUCGCUGGGCCCCCGUACCGGCCCCCCUCUCCCCUCAGACACCCGGAUCGCAGCCGAGCUACACGCAGCAGAUCUCCCCUCAAUCUCAGUACUCAUCGCAGUCUCCUUAUUCGGAGCCCGCGUACCAGACCACACAGAGGCACUUCGAACCACCUCCAUCAACCAUCACUCUCCGUCCGCAACCUCCGGUUCACCAGAAACCAUCCCCGGUGUUCGCUAGUCAACCGGCCGCUGCGUCAUUUAAAGGAGGCGUCAACAUGCGUGGAGAUCAGAAGUGGCCACCUCAAUCGGUGAAGGAGGCUGUGGCUGCAGAAAACGAAGCCCGCCUCAAACUAGCCAAGGGUCCCGCCUGCAGACCGCGCAAGGUUAAAAAGGACUACAGCUCGUUCUUCGCGAAGCAUGCCCUGAGCCACAAUUACCCCGGCUACCGCGCGCCACCAGGCACCCAGCACUUCGAAGACUUCUCGGGCCGAUCCUCAUACUAAAUCAUCACUCCUAACACGCAAUCUCGUUAGAUCUAAACCACGUUUCACAUUAAAAAUUAACGAACCAAAUUCUUGUUGACAUUAUUAUACCUAGCAACGAUUUCUAUUUACGGAACGCGGGUAAGACGGUGCCAACGGAAACGGUUCCCUCUCAUUACAAGAAACAAACAUUUAUCACAUUUCGAGGUAUCAUCGGUCGAGAACCGGUAGCAGAGGUACUUGUAUAGGCUUUAAUGGAUAAAGUCUUGAGGCACGUACGACAGAAUAAUAAUUGUAGUUUUAAUUUAAUUUAUUUUAACCAUUAAUUAGCGUGUAAGUGAUUAUUUUAAUGUCAUAAUAAAACGUAACAAAUAUAUAUAUAUAUUUUAACGCUCAUAAAAUGUUUAGCUAUUUCAUUGAUCAUUUUCAUUACACAUUAUUAUUUCGACAUACUAAACGUUUAUUAUUAUUUUUCGAUGUUAAAGUGCGGCUUUUUUAUAACGCGAAUACGAUUCAGCUUUUUAAUGUAUAUAAUGCUCAAAUUGAAAAUGAACGAAAUGAUUUGAAAUUGAAAUUUUUCAGUCAAGUCGAAUUUUGACUGCAUUUUUUUUUUCAUGUUUUGAUUAAAUUUAUACGCUUCUGCUAUUUGGCUAAGCUUAUCCGUUUACCUAGUCAUGCGAGAGAUUACGCAAUUAUUUUGUAUAUAAAAAGCAAAAAAAUUCAAUACAAUUUGGUAUUUUAUUUUGUAAAAUUAUGUUCUCAAUUAAAUAAAUGAUGUAAAA